UUUGCUAUUGAGCUGUUGAAUUAAAAUCGUCCAAUUUCAAAAUGAACAAUCUACCAUCAUUUCUAAUUAUAUUAUGCUUGAUGGUUGUAACUGAAGGGUGCAUGCGAACAAUUCCGCCCGAUGACGUUCAUAUUCCUGCACCUGACAAUGAGGAAGAAUUGACAACAACACCGGAAAUAGAAACCUCGACUGUGACGGAAAAAGUCUGCUUCGACACCAAAAACGCCGAGUGUUCCGAAACACUGGAAUCGUUAUAUUUCGGUGGUGAUCUUGGUGAUGAUGCAAUUCAUUACGUGUUUGUUAAAAAAGAUGGCUGUCCUGUCUUACAGUGUCCCGAAAAUGAAUUUCCAAUUCCAAGAGUUAAAGAUAGUACAGGAGCUACCCAAUUUGAUUUGUUUUACGCGGCGCCUCCAAAGACAACUGAAGAAUUUUCGAUGACGACAGUAACGGAUUUUUUUGGAAUCAUAUGCGAGGACUCCAAGUGGAAGCUGACUAAAUUGCCGCAUGGAAUUAUCUCACAACCAGAGAAUCUAUACGCAGAUGGUUCAUUGACCGGGAAUAAAUAUGAUAUAUUUUAUAUCAAUUGCGGUUUUUUAUUCUAAUUGGUUUAGAAAUAAUGCAGUGUGUUGCCCAGAAAUACAAAAAAUGCGGACUCCCUACAAAAAAUUGUUUCUUUCCUCAAUGUUUAUUUUUUAACCAAUUUUCUCACAUUAAGGAAACUUAUUGAACACCUUUUUUUAAUCAAGAAAAUCUCAAUUCUCGGUUGUAUGAACUUGAUUC